CAUGUAUGCCUUGGAAGAGGAUGAUUAAUGAAUAAGUAAUUCAGCCGUCUUUUCACAAAGAAAAAGAUCCUUGAUUGAUUGAUUUGUUAGAGAAAAAAUUUGUCAUUUUUUUGAAAGAAAAAAAAACUAUUAUCUCGGAAGCCAAUGAUAAAAUAAGACGAAUUUUUUCUUUAGAAAAUUUUGAAAAAACAAAUUUUAUUGUUGAUUGAUUGUAUUGCUACAACAAUGUCAACCUCUAAGAAUCCGAUUCAUAAACAAUAUUCAUUGGCUGCCUGUGAAUUCGGCAAUACUAACACUAUUGCCGGAUCGACUGCCGAUCAUCAACCGUCUUCGAUGAAAAUCAAACAUCAUAUCCAUAACUUGUUCGAAAUGAUUGAUAAGGAAAUCGAUUCGUUAAUUAAUGAAAACAUUUUAUUGAAAGAACGAAUCGAAACGCUCGAAGAAUUGAUUGAAAACUCUGGCACACAGACAACAACUGUUGGUGGUUCAACAGUUUCAACAUCUACAGCCCUACAUUCAUCAUCAUCAUUAGAUACUGGUGGUAAUCUGAUAAAUCGUAACAUUUUGUCACAACAAAAACCAUACAAUUAUCAUCAAGUACAACAACAACAACAACAACAUCAUCAUCAACAACACCAACAACAGCCGACACCAUUUUCCGUUAGUUCGGUCAAACGUGACUCAAUGGUUGCAGCAUCACAAUUGUCACAGAAAAUUAAAUCAACUUAUAAAUUGAAAACUUCGAGUAAAAUAUUUAAAGGUCAAAGUAAUAGCAGUAGUAGUCAUCUCAUUGGCACAUAUGAAUGGCAUAAAGAUGGUAUCUGGUAUAUAACUUCUAGUCAGAAAAAUGGUCGCCAAUAUAUUGCUACGGCUUCCGCUGAUUCAACCAUUAAUGUUUGUGAUGUGACACGAAUCGAUUAUAAUCUAACACCCUGUGUCAUCUAUGCUGGCCAUCAAUCAUCAGUAAAUUGUGUUAAAUUUCAUUAUAAUAAUGAUCUUGUCCUGACGGCUUCAGGCGAUGGUACAUCUCAUUUAUGGCGAUUUAAUCCCGAUCUAUUGCGUUCCGAAUUCGAUGGCGACCAAAUGGAAGAAGCUACGAUCAUUAAGACACCUUUACAUGAAUUGGGUGAUCAUCAUAAUGUAGUCGUAUCGUGUGAUUGGAUGUAUGGCCUUGAUCAAUGUGUUACAGCAAGCUGGGAUCAAAUGGCCAACAUCUAUGAUUAUCAAACCGGUGAAUUGAUUGUACAAUUAGCCGGACAUGAUCAAGCAUUAACUGAUGUUUGUGCUUGUGAAUCGACAAGAUUGAUCGUUACAUCAUCACAUGAUACUACAUUUCGUUUAUGGGAUUUCCGUGACGCUAUUCAUUCUGUCAGCGUUUUCCAAGGUCAUAAUCGAUCGGUAACAUCAACAUGUUUUCUGGGUGCGGAUAAAAUUCUUUCCGGUGGGGAUGAUCGAAAUGUUAAAGUUUGGGAUCUCAAAAAUAUGCGUUCACCUUUGAUCACAAUUUCGAUGGAAUCUGGUAUUAAUAAAUUAUCCGUAUCACAACAACAUAAUUUAUUUACCAUACCUUUGGAUAAUCGCAAUGUUCGAAUUUACGAUAUAAAUGGCAAUCGUAUAUGUCGAUUAUCACGGGAUUCUCAUAAUCGUAUGGUGACAUGUGCUACUUGGCUGAAUAAUCAAUCACCAAUAAUGUUCGAUCCUACCAAUACUAUUGCCGGAAAUUCAUCUGUUGCAUCAACCACUUCCAACGUUAUUCAACAAUCACAGCAGUCAUUACAAUCCCAACCAUUACCGCCGCCAUCAUCAUCAGCAUCGACGGCUACAUCAUCAGCAUCGAUGAUUAUGUCGCCACCUCCGCCUCCUUUAUCGAAAAUAUCGGAUGCAAAUAACACUUCUGCUAUGGGCAGUGGUGUCAGCGGUUCUGAUUUUUUCAAUAAUAAUAAUACACUUACAUUGUUCACUUGUGCAUUCGAUCGACGAGUUUGUGCUUGGAACAUAGUCAUUGAAAAAUAGUCAUUGAAUCAAUCGAAAUACGCCUUGUCCUGAUUAUAUUGAUCUCGUUUCAAAUAUAUAAAAUUUAUUCAGAAAAUAAAUUUCUAACCAUAAACAUGUAAUACACGCAUAGGUAUUAUCCAAUAAAAACAACAG